UUUGCUGUCAAACAAACCGUUUUUUGCUCAAAAGCUUUUAUUCUGAAGAAAUCAGAAAGGAAGUGGUGCUAGCAGUAACCAGACAACCAGAUCCCGGUGAGGUGGAAGAAGUGACUGUGAUGGCAGAUUUGUCGUUAUAUUUAACCAAUGUAAACGUUUCAGUGGGUCAAACUAUGGAAAAUGAUAAGAGGACAGGAGGGGCGACAGACUUUGAGACGGUGGAAAUUGGCGACUCUGCGGGGAGGCAAGGGAGGGUGAAGGUUCCCCGCAGGACCAUCUUCUUUGCCAGUGGAGAGACCAUGGAGGAGUACAGCACCGAUGAAGAGGAGGAACUGGAGGAGCCUGUCAAGAGAGAUGUCAUCCCUGUAGAUCCGUCCAAACUGACCUGGGGUCCAUAUUUCUGGUUCCACAUGUGGAGAAUGGGAACCUCCACUAUCUCAGUGUGUGACUACAUGGGAGAGAGACUGGCCUCUCUGUUCGGCAUCACUACUCCUAAAUACCAGUAUGCUAUCGAUGAAUACUACCGUAUAAAAAAAGAGGAGGAGGAGGAAGAGGAGGAGAACCAUCUGGCUGAGACGGCGGAGCGAAGGUUUGCGGAGCAAAGGAGAGGUGAGCAGGAGGAUGCUCGGGGUGAUCCUCAUCCUGCUACUGUGGAGCAGCCAGAAGCGUCUGGAGCCUCCUUUGUAAACAUUAGCUUUGAGCUCGAACCGGAACCUCCUCUCCACACUGCAGACACCAACAGAGUCCCUUCUUCCCUCCCUUCAUGAAAACUGACACUCGCAGACAAACCGCUAAGAGUCACACAUUUUGAUGUGUUGGCAAAACCUUAAAUUAACUAAGAUGUGUAGAUUAACUGUGCUCUUAUUUUUCUAUGUUUUUAUUUUAUAAAAAGACAUCUUAGUACACAGUGCAGGGACAAAUCAAAAGGGCUGUGGAAGUGUCUGUGCUUGCCUUAUCUGUGAAUGUAAAUUUGUGAAUAGUUUAAAAUAAUAUGCAAGACUGAGAAACUAUUUGUUGACCAGAAUGGGACUGGGCUAAACUCCCUUUUGAAUUGAAAUCAAUUGAAAGUAAAAUAAAUGCUGGGUGUUAAUCUUA